UACACCAUAUACACACACCUGUCACGGAGCAUCUACAUAUAGUCCCAUCUAGAUUCACAGCAACAGCAUCACCAACUUUUCUUUUAAGGAGUAGAUAUCUGUUGGUGUCAUUGCGUCAAUGUCAACAGCUAGCAAUGCCAAAUGUACGCACUUAAACAAAUCAAAUGGGCCAAUGGGGCCGGAUUGCUGUGGUUGAAGAAUUAACUUACAUUUUUAAGAUUUUAACACCAGCUCGACUUAGUGCUAGCAUAUAUAUUUGUGUACUUGCUCGCAAUGCCAAGUGUACUUGCUAGCUAGCUAGUUGGUACAGCCAAUUAUUAACAUCGGCAUUAUACUAUUAUAUAAGUGGAGAACAUUUUGACGGCAUUGUUUCAUAUACCUAGCGUACUUCUCUCAUCUCCUGGUCUGUUCGUUAGUUGGCGAAUCAAUUCGAUCGGGACUAUCUUAAACUCAACAGUUCACAUGCAGUCUGGUGUAACCACUGGCUUCACACAUGCAUAAUCAUCUCUACAAUUAGCAGGACAGCCAACACAUAUUCCUUGCAACUUGUGUACUCCUCUUUGGCACAUCGAUCAUAUUCACGAAGGGCGCUAGCUACCGAGUCCGGCCGGCGCGUACGCAUUUGCAAUACGACGAAACAGCGAAACUUCCUAGCCCAUCAAGCGUGUCAGAUUAGGAGGUUAAUUAGCGUGGCGAGUGUGCCGAGCUAUACCAACCGAGCUGAUCGAGUGUGUUUGAUGCAACGUGUCCUGAGGCGGAGGAGAUGUUGAUGAAGGUGCAGGAGCGCAACGGCGGCGAUGCGGCGGCGGCGGCCGACGUCGUUGCUGGCCGGCGAGCGCGUCAUCAGGGGUUGUUCUUGCACAGCUUCCCGGUCUUUCCGGUUGCUCUGUUGCUCAUCGCCCCGUGCGCGAUCUUCUUCUUCUCGUCCCGCGACGUGGCGCUCCCCCGCAUCCGCGUCGAGUACGAUUGCCGUGAGGCUCCGGCCGUGAGCCCGCUAGCAGCGGAGAACACGCCGCCUCCGCCUCGGCCUCCGCCGGCGUCCACGCUGCCACCGCCUCCACCGACGUCAUCGCUGCCACGGCCAGUUCCACUUGUGGGCGAUGGCGGUGACGCACGGCAGCUCCCGCGGCUGCGGCAGCUGACCGAUAGCCCGUAUGCGCUCGGCCCGGCCGUGACGGGGUACGACGCCCGCAGAGCGGAGUGGCUCCGCGAGCACCCGCAGUUCCCGGCGUCCGUUGGACGGGGGCGGCCGCGGGUGCUGAUGGUGACCGGGUCGGCGCCGCGGCGGUGCAAGGACCCGGAGGGCGACCACGUGCUCCUCCGCGCGCUCAAGAACAAGGUGGACUACUGCCGCAUCCACGGCUUCGACAUCUUCUACAGCAACACGGUGCUCGACGCCGAGAUGUCGGGGUUCUGGACGAAGCUGCCGCUGCUGCGCGCGCUGAUGCUGGCGCACCCGGAGACGGAGCUGUUCUGGUGGGUGGACUCCGACGUGGUGUUCACCGACAUGCUGUUCGAGCCGCCGUGGGGCAAGUACAGGCGGCACAACCUUGUCAUCCACGGCUGGGACGGCGCCGUGUACGACGCCAAGACGUGGCUAGGGCUCAACGCCGGCAGCUUCAUCAUCCGCAACUGCCAGUGGUCGCUCGACCUGCUCGACGCCUGGGCGCCCAUGGGGCCGCCGGGGCCCGUCCGCGACAUGUACGGGAAGAUCUUCGCCGAGACGCUCACCAACCGGCCGCCGUACGAGGCCGACGACCAGUCGGCGCUUGUCUUCCUCCUCGUGACGCAGCGCGACCGGUGGGGCGGCAAGGUAUUCCUCGAGAACUCGUACAACCUGCACGGCUUCUGGGCGGACAUCGUCGACAGGUACGAGGACAUACGGCGGCAGUGGCGGCGGCCGGGGCUCGGCGACGACCGGUGGCCGCUGAUCACGCACUUCGUCGGGUGCAAGCCUUGCGGGGGCCAGGACGCGAGCUACGACGUGGAGCGGUGCCGGCGCGGCAUGGACCGCGCCUUCAACUUCGCCGACGACCAGAUACUGGAGCUGUACGGGUUCGCGCACGAGUCGCUCGACACCAUGGCCGUUCGGCGCGUCAAGAACGAGACCGGCCGGCCGCUGGACGCCGACGACGAGGAGCUCGGUCACCUGCUGCACCCAACAUUCCGAGCCCGCAAAAAGAAGACGUCCAGAGCCGCCAGGCCCAUGUAAUUAUGGACAUCCCUUAGCCAGCAUUAGGUGACUGUGAAUUAAAAAUAGACAAAAUUCUGGGAAAAUUCAACAUUUUUUCAGUAGUGGACUGCAAUGCAACCCCUACAUCCAGAUGUAUCCGGCAUUAAUUGGAGAAAUUUAAGGUUCAAUCAAAAGGGCCAUUUCUUUGUUUUCCUUGUGUCUACCUUGCAGUUCUUACAUACAUAUGAAUAUGAUGGAAGUAAGGCCGAGCA